AAUAAACAUGGCGUUUAAGUAAACACGCCUCAUCAUGUUUGUCUCCAUCAUAAUCCACGCCAUCCGGCACGAUGCAAACACUACAUUGGUGUCAGAAGUGUGAAACGUACCACCCAGAAGCUUGAAGACAACAAUCCCGAGGAAUUUACAUCGUCGACGCAGCCGAAAACUCUCAGGCAAGCGCAACAUGGCCAAUGCACUCCCGCCGUUCCCGAGUUUUGACCUUCGAGUCACCGACGCCAACAGCAUCGGACUUGAAUGGACAAAGUGGGUAGAACGAUUCCAAAACUUCCUCGUUGCGUGCAACAUCACGUCGGACACUCGCAAGAAAGCUCUUUUGCUUCACUACGUCGGUGAAGAGGUGUACGACCUAUUCCAAUCUCUGCCGGCCAGCACGUUAGAAAGCACGUCCGAGUACGAAGCGGCAAAAGCAAAACUCGACGCUCACUUCGCACCACGAAUCAACCCAACCUUUGCAGUGUAUCGUUUCAGACAAACAAAACAGAACGUGGGUGAAAGCUUGGACGCGUUUUACGCCCGACUCCGACAGCUCGCCCGACACUGCGGCUUCGCGAACGUCGAUCUUGAAAUCAAGAGCCAGAUCAUCCUCGCUACAACGUCGACCCGUCUGCGGAAAUAUGCCAUGCUGCACGCCAUAGAGCUGCCCGAAAUCCUCAAGCAAGGACGGCUGUUCGAAGACGUUGAACGUGACGUCUCUGAGAUAAGAGAAAAGCGUCGACAGCACUCAGUCGGCAUUUUCGCUGCAACAAGGUGCGAAAAACCAUCUGGAAAACUCGGAGAAGCACCACAGCUACAAGGGUCGUCGAAACCUGAAGCCACCUUUUCGACAAUCAUGUGACACAGGCAAACGCGACACGCCA